AUGGCCGACAUCAAGGCAGGGAUUUCUCGAAACGGUCCACAGAGGAUAUCGCAGACAGCUGGAACGAAUGAGGCUCUUACCACGAAGCGGCACUUUGAUCAACGUCGAAGCUCGUUUCAACGGGAAGUAGAAGAGCGGAGAAGGACAGGAAAGCAAGAUGAGGGGUUCCCAAGGUCAGAAAAGAUAAAGCAAGAGAAGUUGGACGAGGACGGCCUAGAAAUGCCACGACACCCAUGUCGAACUACUAUGCAUUCGUUGCCCGACGAAGAAAAGGGGUAUCAGCUUGCAGCUCCGGAGGCAACAAUGAAAUCAUCUUUUGAAAAGGAACUCCGCUUUUCCAAGUCGAAUAUCCCGACUAGUACAGAUCCUAACGCUCGUAAGAAGGCGAGAGAUGCUGAGGACAAACCAUUUUGA